UAGACGCUCUGUCUCACUGGCGAAGCUUCGUUAGAUUGUGUAGAGGCGUACGCCUAUUAAUUUAAUGAAUCGCUUUCACGUACUUUCAGCUGCGUUUCGGCCUCUCCUAUACAUUACAUACAGCUCAUAUACCUAUAUUUAUAGAUGCAAUUUUAGACGUUAUUUUAGUCCUAUUUAGUGCAUUGCGCAUAUUUCCCAUGUAUUUAAUAUGUGUACAUAUUUUUAUCAGUAUGUGCCUCCAGUGUAAUUAUUAGAGUAUAUUGAUAUAUCGGAGAGCUGCUUUGAAGAAGUAAAGCUAAAUAGAAAAGGCUACGGAAUCAUAGCGUUACCAAAAAAAAGGGCCCAAACCGUCAGUAGAAAUGAAGAUCCUGAUUCCCUCUGCCCGGACCACAGAGCAAGGUCACAGCAAGUUCGUUGUUUACACUCUUCUCAUCGUGGAUAAUAUCAAUCAGGGAAACAGCAACUUCGGACUUUCAAUACCAACACCCCGACUUAAGUUGGAGCGUCGCUACAGGGACUUUCACGCCCUGUACAAAAACAUCCGUCGACUUCAUCCUUCGCUUGAAUUUGCAGAUUUUCCACCUAAAAAAAUUCGCCAUCUAAAUGAUAAGGUCACACAAGAAAGGAGAGUUGCGCUGCAGGCUUGGAUACAAAGUGCUGUGGAUAUUCUUCUAGCGAAGGACAAACUGCUUCCUACAUGCGUUCAAGAAUUUCUUGAUCUCGAUAAAAACAACGUCGCCGGUUGUUUUACUUUCAGGAUUACUGAUCGAAGACGAAUAUACAGGCGACGGUUCGCGAGACAUCAGGAGUAAUAUGAGACUUAAUUCUGUGGGAGAUCAUCAGCCAAUUUUAUGCUUUAUUGAAGAGCCAUUCAAGGACCAGGAUUCACCUACUCUUCCCAACAUUGUUGUUGACGCUACACUUGACGCCAUCUACUAAUUAAAUUCUACUGUAGUCUUAUUUCGUGGGUAAUUGCGACCUAUUAUUAUGCAAUAGGGAAAAUAGUUGGUUAGUUAAGAGUAGUGAUGUAAAUCGGUAUUACCGAUCGUAGAACCUCAAAAUUUGUACGUAUAUGUGGGAUUUUGCAAGAAAUGUUGAGUAAGGUUUUAAAUUAAACAGUUCACUAACAAGCAGAAUUAUGUCGCAGCAGAGUGUACAUAGGGUUAAAACGUUAAGUUUUUUUAGAAGUGGCGGUUAGCAGACUAACGUAAGCACUAUGUGCCCUUUACAUUCUAUUAAAACAGAAAGUCAUAUGUAAUAUAUGUGUGUAUAAAUGUAAUAAUAAGUUAUGAUAACAUUGUAUAUUUAUAAAUUCAAUCAAAACGACCUCAAUAUCAUUUUAACUUUGCGUUUUUAACUUGAGUAUUAAAUGGGCACUUAUGCCAUCUUAACAUUUUUUUUUGACAUAUGUGUUUACCAUCAUACAUAUGUGUAGAAUAAAAAAAAUCACAAAUAUGAAUGAGCAAUACAAUCAGCCACUAACCUGUACGGAGCAAAAGUGAUGCAUCACAUACAUAGAUGGCUUCUUGGAAACAUUAUUAAAAUUCCGUGACUUAUCAAAGCGGGUUUCCUGCGCAAAAAUAAAUUUUCCUUUAAGUAUUUGAUAUUUGAAGAAAACAACUAGCUAUAAUUUCUUGUUUCAGAUUGUUUAUUCUCGUUAAUGGCAAAUAAAGUAUGCGUUACAUAUGAUUUCGCAUCUUGCAGAGAACUUGACUCAUCCUUGGCUAAUAUGUUUUAUGUUUUGCUUCCAGUGGCAGCGUUAAGCAUUGUAAAAUAGGGUAUUACCUAAUCUUAGUCUACGGAAUUUAAAAAUUUAAAUCGAUUUUAGCGAGCUAACACAUAAAUG